GAAGGAGGAAAAAAACAGUAGAAGAAGAAAAAAGAAAGAGGAAGACGAAGUAACAACAAUAAUAAUGAAAGAAGACUCAACCUUAAAGUUUGCAAAUGGAGAAAACAUUCUGUCAGUGGAAGAAACAAUGUCUGAACAAAGUGGACCUGAGUAAGAAAGGCGUUGUGGAUGAAGAUGUGGUCAACAUCGUGUCACUGCUCAAUGGCUACCAGGACUACUUCACCACCAGCUCGUGCUCAGGACGCAUUACAAUCAUAGACAGGGCCCCAGACAGUGUUGUUGUCCAGAAGAAGAACCUUGUCUGGCUCUUGGUCGCACACACCAAAUGCACAUCGGAUGAAGUGACGUCUGCGCUGACCCGCUCUUGUGGAAAUGCAGUGCUCAAGUUUGAGCCGUUUGUCAUGCAUGUUCAGUGUCGCACCCUGGAGGAUGCACACCUGCUGCUCUCAGCUGCUCUCCAGUCGGGCUUCAAAAACUCUGGUCUCACUGCAAGCAAGACGGGGAAGAUCAUCACGGCAGUCCGCUGCACCCACAGCCUGGAGGUUCCUCUCAGUGACCGAGGCAGGCUGCUGGUUUCCCACGAAUAUAUUCACUUCCUCACCCAGACGGCCAAUCAAAAGAUGGAGGACAAUUUAAAACGGAUUGAAAGGUUUUAUCAAACCAUCCGGACGACGUUAACAACUAAGGAGCAACAGAAAGUCCCGCAGGAUUCCGCCGCACUUGCGUUACGACAACCCCCUUUCAUGGGUACGGACACAGACGACAAGCUGGAGAAGGAAAGAAAUCAAGCGUGUGAACAAUGAAUGACUGGAUUUGUUUUGACGUCGUUAAAAUUGU